AUGGAAAAUAGGGUUUUGGUGGUGCACAUGACAUCCUCUCUUGUAACUCGCUUUUUCUUGAAGGCAAAAGAAGCAGGAAUGAUGAGUGAAGGGUAUGUGUGGAUUGUUACUGCCGGAACCAUGAAUCUUUUGGAUUCUUUUGAUAUGGAUGUCAUUGAGGCAAUGCAAGGCGUCCUGGGUGUAAAGCUUUUUAAUGCAAGAUCAGAGAGGCUUGAAAAUUUCACACUUAGAUGGAAGAAGGCGUUCCGUGAGAAGAAUUCUAACUUAGAAGGAGCUGAUCACAUGAACAUUGUUGGUCUAUGGGCAUAUGAUACUGCAUGGGCUUUAGCUAUGGCAGCGGAGACAGUUGGAGUUCCUCCUGAUUCCAACUUCCAUGAGACAAAUGUGACAAGAAAUUCAACAGAACUCGACUCCAUUAGCAUCUCUCAAACAGGUCCAAAACUUCUAAAUGCAAUUUUAGAGACAAGAUUUAGCGGACUAACUGGAGAGUUUCACCUUGUUGACAGACAAUUGCAGCCAUCUACUUUCCAAUUGCUCAAUGUGAUUGGCAAGUGGGAGAAAGUGAUUGGGUUUUGGAACCCAGAAUUGGGAAUUACAAGAGAACUGAAUAUGAACACUAGUGUGAGAAUGUACUCAACUUCAAGUUCUGCUUUUCGGUACAUUAUUUGGCCAGGAGAAUCAAUGGUUAUACCCAAGGGAUGGGUGAUUCCUGUGAGUGGCAACAAAUUGAGGAUUGCGGUUCCAGUGAAUAUUGCAUAUACUGAGUUUGUGAAUGUAGAGUGGGAUAAUCAGCAUAACAUAACUGACUAUGAUGUUGUAGUUGGUGAUACUACAAUCUUAAGCAACCGAUCAUUAUAUGUGGAUUUCACAUUACCAUAUACAGAAGGAAGAGGGGUACCUGAUCAUGAGGAUAUCAGAGAGGAGGAGGUUUUGGACCAGGUGCCAUUAGAUACUAGGGCAACAGAUCCAGCUUUCUAUGGAGCUAAUGGUUCCAGAUCAGUUAGAGCUAGUGGCCUAGAUAUCCUUAUAGCUUCUGGCACACAACCCACGGCUCCACCACCUACUGGAGAGGCACCUAUCCUACAAGAUAUACUAUCAAAGUUGAGGACCUUGAGGGAGGGUCAAGCUGAGCUUAGAGGUCAUCUUGGAAAGAGCACAGCUAGGGAAUGGGAGCUUCUCAGGAGAGUGGAUGAGAACAUCGAUAGAGAGCUCCAGAUGUGGAGACAAUUCAGAGAGAUGGAGUCCAGACCGGAUUUAGAAAGUAGGGCAUCACAUAUUUGGCUGGCUAUUCUUGCUUUCUUCAUACUUAUAGGACUUUUGGUUUGGUUUCUUGAAGACCAAAGAAAAAACAAGUUUAGGGGUUCUCCAUCUCAACAAAUUCAGCGGAUUUUUCAUUUCUCUUUAUUAACAACACUAGUAUUUGGAGACAGUUGA